UGGUGAUAAGGCGAUAUUCGACCCGGAUGGUGGCGGUGGUGGUGGUGGUAUGUGUGUAUGGGGGCAGUCUUAAUUGAUUGAGUUUGAGCUAGCUAGCUGUCCAUUGAUCGCCCGACUAGACCCCCUGCAUGCAGACAGUCGCUGUCACUCGUUGCGCGCUCAGCAAACUAAAAAAAAUUAAUAAUUUGAGCCCAGCUAGCUAGGACAGUCACGCGUUUCUCGUGCGAGAGUAUUAAUAUUCCAGUGCACAUGUUGAAGGAGAAUUUUUUCUCAGCUGGGGCCUGUGUGUGUGGGAGAGUCUGCACCUCGUUGAGUUUUCAGGUUGCAGAAGAUCUCAAUCCUGGAAAACAAUACGUCCCAUAAUCCCCGUGUUCCUCCGUACGAACCCUGUAGUGACUUGCUGUGUAGUCUUGCGCUAUUUGAAUGAGCCUGUUGCAAACUACGUCCCGUUAGCGAGAUCGCCAUCACCGAAAUUGCUGGCUGAAACAGCCAACUAACUUCGAAUCAGUGCUUCCUUGCGUCAGCUAGCAGUGAGCCACCAUGUCAAAUCACCAGCACCUGCUGUCGGCGAACAACCUCGUCUUGUUGGUUGUUGGAGUUCUCUACUGGAUUUCCGCGUCAGCGAACGGUCAGUGUCGCACAAGUGACGACUGCAUCGCACCCUCGGGCUUGACUCGCUGUAACGUUACAUCAGGAAAAUGCGAUUGCACGCUCGCUACCUUUCGCCAUGGCCUUAUUUGCGAUAAAGUUUGCACGGAUACUGGGUUGAAAGGCCAUUGCGUCAAAGGAGUUUGUAAUCAAAGCGACUUCAGUUUCGACCUGUAUUUUGGCUUGUGCAAGUGCGACCGUGGCUGGUCCGAGGAUGACACUGGACGUUGCACAAUACCCACGUGCAAUCGGCCGUGCCAGAACGGAGGUGCGUGUGUUGAGCCGAACAAGUGCCGGUGUGUUGACGGGUUCACUGGAGACCAAUGCGAAAUGAAAUUGCGGUGCACCGUGCUGCCAACACCUGACCGCGGCAGAACGGCACUGGACAUGCAGAACGGCAUACAGUACCAGACGUUUGACUGCGACGACGGCUACGUGGUCAACGGCCGCCGGGUCAGCAUCUGCGAGAACAGCAGAUGGAACCCGCCAACUCCUCCGACGUGUGUUGAUCAAGAUGAGUGUUCAGCCGGACUACACCAGUGCGAGCGUCACUGCGGUAUGUGUAAGAACACGCUGGGGUCGUACGUCUGCAAUGUAUCUCCAGAGAACGCAGACCUAGUCUAUGAUGCCGAGAAGGGACGAUGCUGUCAGCGAGGAGAAGCGUGUGGCGAGAUCAGCUGCUUCCCGUACCAGCAGCUCUCCUUUGGCACGCUGCGUUACAGCCGGCCCCUCUGGUCAACCACCGCCAAGGUAGCAGUGCUGACUAGCGUGAGCGUUGAGUGCGAUGCCAGUCGGGGUCUGCGCUUGCCCGACAAUGCCGUCACCACCGUCAAGUGCACCAAGAGCGGCCUCUACGACAACAUUCUGAGCGACUGCCUGCCCCCGCCGACGCAAGAGUUUCCAGCAGAAAAUGCAACCACCGAUACGUCGGAAGGUCAAGAAACCCGAGAGACAACUUCCGUAACUACGGUAGCUGAAGAAACCACCGAGCCUGUGACCACCCCAGAGCAGGCUUUGACUACUGAAGCAACGACAACACAGGCACCCACCCCAGCAACCACCACCCCAUCAGCCACCACCGCAGUAACGACCACCCCAGCAACCACCACCCCAGCAACCACCACCCCAGCAACCAGCACCCCAGCAACCACCACCCCAGCAACGACCACUCCAGCAACCACCACCCCAGCAACCACCACCCCAGCAACCACCACCCCAGCAACGACCACCCCAGCAACCACCACCCCAGCAACCACCACCCCAGCAACCACCACCCCAGCAACCACCACCCCAGCAACGACCACCCCAGCAACCACCACCCCAGCAACCACCACCCCAGCAACAACCACCCCAGCAACCACCACCCCAGCAACCACCACCCCAGCAACCACCACCCCGGCAACCACCACCCCGGCAACCACCACCCCGACACCUACUACCACAAAACCCACGACCCCGGCAGCUUCAACCCCACCAGCGACAACCGAGGCCACCGAAACCACCCCUGGCCUGACCACCGUUGUCACGCCCUUCCAGGCUCCGGUCCCUAUUUCAAUUCACUCGGAAAGUGCAGCAAGUGAUGCCACAAGCGCUCCGACAGCAGCCUCCAUCACUACCGUCGAUGGGAACGCUGAUGACAAUUCCGGUGGCGGAGUAUCGAGCGGUGUCGUCGUCAUCAUCAUCGUCUGUGUUUUGGUGGCAAUCAUUCUGGCUAUCAUCAUUGCAUUCGUUGUGGUGAGCAUGACGCGGAGAACGCAGGGAGUUUACGAGACCUGUGAAGGAGAAGAUUCACCCGGAAGCCAGGGUCAGCAGAAAGCGGAGGUUUUCCUAUAAAGGCUGUGCUGAGGCACGUUGGCCUUGGGCUUGACAUGCAUGGUUGCACUGCACAUUGGGCAGGCGUGAGCACUGCACAUUGGACAUGCAUGGUUGCACUGCACAUUGGACAGGCGUGAGCAUUAUUUUGCUACUCUAACCAUGUAUGUAACCUGUUACGUGUGUACGCUUUUGUGUAUGUGUAAGCUGUGUGCAUGUGUGUGUGUGCAUGCGCGUGUGUCCAUGUGUGUGUGUGUGUGCGUGCACACGUGUGUGUGUGUGCGUGUGUGUCCGUGUGUGCACGUGCGUGUGUGUCCGUGUGUGUGUGGGUUCGGGUGUUUGUGAGAAAGAGACAGACAGGGAGUGAGCGAGUGAACGUGUUUGCGUGCACGCACACGAGUGAACGUGUUUGCGUGCACGCACACGAGGGUACAUGUGUGCACAGUUAUAUCUACAUGCAUGCUCAGCCGCUAGCAAGUCUUUGAAUGCAUCCAGUAUCGGUGCGCAUCUAACUAGAGAGACCGAAGUAUGUAUUUUCGAGAGAGAGAGAGAGAGAGAGAGAGAGAGAGAGAGAGAGAGAGCCGCUUUCACCGCUGACAGUAUAAUAUCGGACGGAUGUUGUCACGUUAGUUCUAUCCCAGAAUGAGGAACAUCAGUCUGCUGGGCAGGAAUGCAUGGCAUUCUUGUACCUGCACUGGGCAAUUGAGUUCUGACAUCACUCCUAGCCAACGCUCAGCAAUGUGCAGUCACGGACUGGCGCCAGCGAUACUGGCAGGAAAUCAUUUUCUGUUAGCAGCGCAUGCUGUUCUCUUCUUCCUUUCUUGCUAUGAGCAUCAUUGCUUUAGCCAUGGAGUCUUCCCCUAUACAGACAUUGUAAUUUGUAGGCUUUAGCACUAUUCUACUUCGGAUUAUAUUAGGGACACGAAGCCAUUUGCUCAACUCAGGCUUCGAAUUCUACAUGCCUUUAGCAUGGGUUUUGACUCGACUUCUUUCUGUAUUUUAUGAACCGCUCCAUUCACUCUAGCUCUCCUGCCGCUAUGUAUCUUGAAAGAUUUCAUCCUGUUGUACAAUCACCAAGGAUCUACUUCAGUAAUCUUGGUUGAUUGGCAGUUAUA